AUAUUCAUAACUAGCAUUACAUUUUUUAUUGUUGAUUCUCAGCUUUAAAUAAAAGUUACAUUGAAAACAGUAUGAGUUUGCAGAGAAAAAUGCAUGAAGUGUUUAAAGUCUACUAUUCUAAAACAACUAAUGACUCUUAACUUAUCAAUUACUUGUGAAAGUAUGGAGAGGCCUUAUUUGAACAAACCAGUUUUACAUAAUAAAUAUUGUUUGAGUAAUAAAAAAAUGAAUGAUCAUAGAAUAGAGGAAAAAGCAAAUGAAAUGUUGGAUACAUCUAAAAAUGAAUGCUUUCAAACUGUUGAGAGAAAAUUUCCACACAAACUAAAAUCUAUCAAUAAUCUUUCUUCACCAAAUAAUAAAAGCAAGAAAUUUUCAAGCAAAAUUCCUGUUCUUAAAACAUCACAGUUCAAUAAGAAUGAAAAAAAUGCCCAACUUGUUUUUGACUCAUCCAUAUCUGCUGCUGAUCGGAGACAAAAAUUUCAGCAGAGUCGUCAACGUCUUACUCCUCCUCAAUGUAACAUUUUAAACAAACAAGCCAAUUUACAACCUUUGGAAUUCUACAAAAAUAUUCCUCCAUGCUAUUAUACUAAUUACUUUAACCAAGUUGACAAAAUCAUGCUUCCCUCUAUGUAUGUUUGCAAAGAUGUCUUACCUCCAAUAAAGAAUCCUUCUUCAACUGAAAUGGAGAAAAAUAGCUAUGUGCCAAAGAAAAAAACUUUACUAGGAGAAAUAACUCAUUUUCCUGCACUCUGUGAUAUCUUUCCAAAGCCAAUAAAAAGAAGUAACAUCAGUUCAGUUCCACGUUUACCAUCAAUAUUUCCUCCUCCCAAUGCUCCACCACCAAGCAUUUCAAAUUCUCUGGAGAAAGAGGAGCAUAAAUUAAAGAAAUAUGCUGAUGGAAAUCAAGCAAAAAGUUAUUCAUAAGGCGAUGGAAUGAAAUAUUUCUUUGUUUUGGAGACAUGACCAGUUUGUGGUUUCAGGAAUUUAUUCUUUUACUAGAACAUCAUCUAUUUAACAGAAUUCAUGUUUUGUAUUUAAUUUUCUAAGGAAUUGAUUGUAGUACAAAAGACUAAUUUGUAGUUUUUAAAAAUCGAAGUUUAAGUUAUAUACUGUCUUUUAAUGCGAACAUUAGUGUUGUACCUUGCAGCACUUUCUGCUACAGAUUUUUUUUCCUCUGCUGAAUGUAACUGUUCACCUGACUAAAAAAGUUUGUAAAAUAUACCUUAUAUGUUUUUCUAAGUAUUAUUAUUAUUAUUUUUUUUUUGUAAACUCAUACUUCUAUACAUUUAAGGAAAAUGUUUUUUAAGGCAAGGAAUUUUGUUGUAUUUUGAAUCACAAUUUGUUGCAUUUUGGACUAUUUGAGAUUACACCAUGGAUAACAUUCAUUUUGAGUGCUCAUGUUCAAAUUUUGUUAAUUGAUUGAGGCUAAACAUUCAUGGAACUAAAACUUCUUUUUAGGAAUUCAUUCUUAUUAAAUCUGUUUUCAUUUAAAAAGAAUAUUCCUAUUUCCUAAAAUUAUUUAACAAUGCUUGACAGUGACAGUUGCGAAAACUUUGAUAAAGGCUUUACGUAUUAUAUUUUAUGCAAUAUCAUUUACUUAUAUAAAAAUAAUUGAAGAUUUAGCUAAUCUCAAUAACAUAAUUUAGGGUAUCUUUAAGGCAUAAUUAUUUUAAACCUUUUAUCAAUUGUCGUAAUUAUUACAAUAAUUUAUUUAUUUAUAGUAAUUAAAUAGCCAUGCGUUUUAAAAAUUAGUCAGAAAAAAGAUAUAUGAAUCAAAAAUAAUAAAACAAUCAAGUAAAUAAAAUAAUAAUUAAAAUGAAAAUAUAUGAAUAAAUAAAAAUUACACCCAUAGAAACAGUUCAGUCUUUGUUAUAUAUAACAAAUAUUGUGUAUUAUAUGUUAUUGUGUAUUUUAUGUUAUUGUACACAUAAAUUUUAAAUUGUUAACUUAUUGCUAAAAUUGAAAUAAAUAUAUUGCCU